AUGGAAAAUCUACCGCUCGGCUAUCGAUUCGUGCCUACAGACGAGGAGCUCAUAACUUAUUACUUGCGCAGAAAAAUCAUGAAUCUCCCACUUCUCUCCAACACCGUCAAAGAACUUGACCUAUAUCACCAUACUCCCGAUCAACUUCAAGGUAAAUAUGGAGCACACCGAGAGAAUGAGAUGUAUUUUUUUACGAAACGAACGCUCAACACUCCUACUGCAACUCGGCCAAGCCGUACCAUAACCAACGUGGAUCCAAACGGUACCAUAAUCAAUGUGGGAUUUUGGAAAUGUAGUACUAAAAAGAAAGCCAUACAAAAUGCCGACAAAGAAGUAAUCGGAUACAAGAUGUUAUUCAACCACUUUGUUGCUAAAGGCAACAUGACCACUUGGCUUAUGUAUGAAUAUACUACUCUAUCCGGCUCCAGAAUGAUGGAUGAAUUCGUAUUGUGCAAGAUAUACAAUAAGAAUAAUGAACAAAAGCACAAACUUAACGCACAACGGGAAAAGCCUCAAAGAAGUAUGGAGCCACAAGCACAUCAAGUGGCCGAACAUGUCGAAAUCGCCAGGAUUAAUUAUACAGAGGAGCCUAAUGUAUGCGAUUAUCGACCUCCGGAGGAACAAGCACCGACUUACCAGUACUGCAACUCGGAUAUUGCUGAUGCGCCUAUGAAUGCUGCCGAUCCAUGUAAUCAACAAUACUUGACGCCGUUUGAUGACAAUUUUGAUCUAUUUAUACAAUCCUUGGAGGCAGAAAUUCCAACUCAUGAUGAUCUUCAGUUUGAUGCUGAUCUUCAUCGUCAUAAGAUUAGAAGAUUGUCAUCAUGCUGA